AUGUUUUUUUAUUCACCAUUAGAACAAUUUACGAUUAUUUCGUUGAUUCCAAUGCAUAUUGGUAAUUUUUAUUUUUCAUUUACAAAUUCUUCAUUAUUUAUGUGUUUGUCAACAGGCCUUUUUAUGUGUCUUUGUGUUCUUGUAACAGCUCGUGGAGGAUCAUUAGUUCCAACACCAUGGCAAUCCCUUAUUGAAAUGAUUUAUGAAUUUGUUGUAAGUUUAGUUUCUGAACAAGUUGGAGAAAAAGGGAAACAAUAUUUUCCUAUGUUAUUUACUCUCUUUACUUUUUUGUUAUGUAGUAAUUUAAUUGGAAUGAUUCCAUAUAGUUUCACAACUACAAGUCAUUUUGUUGUGACUUUCGGAUUAUCUGUUUCAGUUUUUAUUGCUGUGACAAUUAUCGGAUUUCAAAUUCAUGGCUUACAUUUUUUCAGUUUUCUUCUUCCUCCGGGAGCACCUUUAAUUCUUUCACCUUUUUUAGUGGUAAUUGAACUUGUUUCAUAUGUAUUCCGUGCAAUUAGUUUAGGUGUUCGACUUUUUGCGAACAUGAUGGCAGGGCACACUCUUGUUAAAAUUCUAAGUGGUUUUGCUUGGAGUAUGUUAUCAUUAAGUGGUGUAUUAAAACUUGCAGCAAGUAUUCCAUUUGCUGUUGUUUUUGCUCUGAUGUUUUUAGAAGUUGGAGUUGCUUGUUUACAAGCAUAUGUGUUUACCAUUUUAACAUGUAUUUACUUAAAUGAUGCUAUUCAUCUUCACUAA